AUGUUUAUAUUUUCCAAUCGCCAUUUUGAUUUAUAGGGAUAUAAUAAGCGCGUUUAUCCUCACCACACCGAUCAUCAAACUGAUUAAUACAACGUCUAUUAAAGGACAUUCAGGUAUUGUCGCGUGUGUAGUUGAUGUUUAAGGUUGAGGAUUUUGAGGAUGUGAAUCCAGUCAGAUUUAUCAGUUUUGGAGAUAAGAUUGAUCAGAUUCACCUCUGCAGCUCCAUCAUGGAUCAAACACAAACAUCAACAGAUGAAGAUUUUUCUCCAGGAUGCAGUAUUAAACGUGUGUUAUAGUUCAGAUCAUCAGAAGAGAUCAGAUUCAGAAUUCAGCUGUGUCUCUAUGAAGAGUGACGCGUCUAUGGGUCAUCCAAUAAACUUUAAGAGAGAGGAGACAAGGCCUGAUAGCAGUUCAGAUCAUCAGAAGAGAUCAGAUCCAGAGUCCAGCUGUGUAUCUAUGAAGAGUGACGCGUCUAUGGGUCAUCCAAUAAACUUAAAGAGAAAGGAGACAAGGCCUGAUAGCAUACGAAUCAGAAGAAAACCUGACUGUAAGAGGAGGAAGAUUGAGGAACAAUCUGAGAGUCAACUACAAGAGAGUCCUCAUUUCAGCCUAAAAACAUUCAGAUCAAAUCUAAGGAAGAAGUUUGAGUGUUUGUCUGAGGUAACAUCAAAUGAGAGAAACCCAACACCACUGAAUGAGAUCUACACAGAGCUCUACAUCACAGAGAGUGAAAGUGGAGAGAUCAGUAAUGAACAUGAGGUGAGACAGAUUGAGACACAAUCCAGAAGAACAACAACAGAGGAGACACCAAUCAAAUGUAAUGACAUCUUUAAACCUUUACCUGAACAACACAAACACAUCAGAAGUGUGCUGACAAAGGGAGUUGCUGGCAUUGGAAAAACAGUCUCUGUACAGAAGUUCAUUCUGGACUGGGCUGAAGAGAAAGAAAAUCAGGACGUCCACCUCAUAUUUCCACUUCCUUUCAGAGAGAUCAAUUUGAUGAAGGACAAAACACUCAGUCUUUUAGAUCUUCUUCAUCUUUUCUUCCCAGAGACAAAAGAAAUGGAAAUCUUCAGUGAUGAAUAUAAAGUGUUGUUCAUCUUUGAUGGUUUGGAUGAGUGUCGUCUGUCUCUGGAUUUUCACAGCAGUGUGAGGUUGUGUGAUGUAAAUGAAUCAACCUCAGUGGACGUGAUGCUGACAAACCUCAUCAAGGGGAAUCUGUGUCCCUCUGCUCUCAUCUGGAUCACCUCCAGACCAGCAGCAGCUGAUCUCAUCCCCUCUGAGUGUGUUGAUCGAGUCACAGAGGUACGAGGCUUCAGUGAUCCACAGAAGGAGGAAUACUUCAGGAAGAGAAUCAGUGAUGAGUGUCUGUCUGAUCAAAUCAUCUCACACCUGAAGUCAUCCAGGAGUCUCUACAUCAUGUGUCACAUCCCAGUGUUCUGCUGGAUUUCAGUCACUGUUCUAGAAAAAAUGUUGAGUGAAUCAAAGAAAAGAGAGAUCCCCAAGACUCUCACUCAAAUGUACACACACUUCCUGAUCAUUCAGACAAACAUCAAACAUCAGAAGGACUAUGAGAAGAAAGUAAAGGAUGAAGAGAUGAUCUUUAAACUGGGUAAACUGGCUUUUGAGCAUCUUGUGAAAGGCAAUCUGAUCUUCUAUGAUGAAGACCUGAGAGAGUGUGGCAUUGAUGUAGCAGAAGCAUCAGUGUACUCAGGAUUGUGUACUCAGAUCUUCAGAGAGGAGAUUGUCUUGUGUCAGGGGAAAGUUUACUGCUUUGUUCAUCUCAGCAUCCAGGAACAUCUAGCAGCUCUUUAUGCUCAUAUCUCCUUCACAAACAACAACACAAAUGUGUUUGAUAAAAUGAAGAAACAAACUCAAAGAGAAAAGAUUUCAGUGUCUGAUCUGUAUCAGAGAGCUGUGGAUGAGGCUCUAAAGAGUAAAAAUGGACAUUUUGAUAUUUUUCUUCGUUUUUUUCUGGGUUUGUCAUUGGAGUCAAAUCAGAAUCUCUUACGAGGUUUGAUGACACAGACAGAUCAAAGCUCUCACAGCAAUGAGAAAACAGUUGAGUAUAUCAAGAAGAAGAUCAGGAGCACUCAAUCUCCAGAGAAAUUUAUCAAUCUGUUUCAUUGUCUGAAUGAACUGGAUGAUCAUUCACUAGUGGAGGAAAUCCAACAUCAUCUGAAAUCUGGAACAUUAAGUGAAGCCAAACUCUCUUCAUCUCAGUGGUCAGCUGUAGUUUUUGUGUUGUUGACAUCAGAACAGAAGAUGGAUGAGUUUAAUAUGAAUCAUUUUGUUAGAGGAGAAAACAAAGCCGAAAGACUGAAAGUUUUUAAGAAGCUGCUGCCUGUGAUUUGUGAAUCCAGAUCAGUUCAGUUGUGUGGUUGUAAUAUCACAGCUAAAGGUUGUGUUGCUCUGACUUCAGCUCUGAGAUCAAACCCAUCACACCUGACACAUCUGAAUCUGUCUGAGAAUAACCUAGGAGAUUCAGGAGUGAAGCUGAUCUCUGAAGUACUGAAGAAUCCUGACUGUAAACUGAAGAUACUAGAGUUGUGUAAGUGUGAUAUCACAGAUGAAGGUUGUGUUGCUCUGACUUCAGCUCUGAGAUCAAACCCAUCACACCUGACACAUCUGAAUCUGUCUGAGAAUAACCUAGGAGAUUCAGGAGUGAAGCUGAUCUCUGAAGUACUGAAGAAUCCUGACUGUAAACUGGAGAUACUGAAGACUGACAUGCAAUGUUAAAGAUGUAAAGAUGUCUGUCUGAUCUUCAGUAUGAUCUGAUGGUGAAUAAGAAGACACAAUAGUGACAUCACAGACACUUUCUCCUAACCGUAUGAGUUGAUUAUUCAGUACCGGAUCUGAUCUGUGACUUUAUCCAAAUCUGACUUUGAGGUAUUGGAGGUAAAUCCUCAUCUUAACUCAGCUUCUGUCUACACAUUUCCUAUAAGCGCGAUUUCGUCAGUGUAAGAGGAGCAAGAAAUCCCAUAGGAUCAUAAACUGAAGUAAAUACUGACAAGAUUUCUCUUCUUCUACACUGUUGGGUUUUUUUGAAUGUCUGUUUUUUUAGUUUAGCUAAAAAAUCGAUUAUUUCAUUGUUUUUCCACAUUAUCGGCCCAAAUCUUAAAAUGGAACGUUGCGACUUCCGACUCAUUUCGCCAGAGCAGGUCACAUAUUUUAAAUUUACGCUCCUCGGAAGAGAGGUUGCCGGCUGCUACUUCACACCACCUUUAAUGCACUUUGCGCAACUUGCUAAACUAACGUUUUAGUAUCAGUUUAGAAUUGCAUGAUUAAAAAACAGACUAAAUUAAUUAAUUCAUUCAUUUAUUCAUUUAUAAAUCCAUUUUCCAAAUCCCUAAAUUCAGGUGUUUUAAUCACUUCCAGUGAAAGGAACUCUUAAUGCUUUACCAUACCUAUACAUUUUGGUCAAUUUCCUGCUCCCGACCUUGUGGGAACAAUUUCGGGAUGGCCCCUUCCUGUUCCAACAUGACUGCGCAACAGUUCACAAAGCAAGGUCCAUAAAGACAUGGAUGAGCGAGUUUGGUGUGGAGGAACUUGACUGGCCUGCAGUCCUGACCUCAACCCAAUAUGUUACUGUUAUACCUGCAAAGGGUGGGCCAACUCUAUAUUAAACCAUAUGAAUUAAGAAUGGCAUGUCAUUCAGGUUCAUGUAUAUAAAGUCCCAAAACAUUUGGCAAUAUACUGUAUUUGUCAAUGAGACAUUGCCUCUGCACUAUACAUCUUUUAUAGUGUAGCAGGAUGACGUCUAGUCAUUGGUUAACGUGUGGUAAAACCAGACCAAUUGGAUGUUGAUUCAGAGGGUAUAAAAGCCCUGAGAGGUUGGGGAGCGAGAUGCGUCAUCCAGUGGUACCGCCCUCUUGGCGGACGCGGGUUUUAUGAAUGAAUGAAUGGUAAGUGUUGGCUGCACGCGUAAAUUCGUGUUUGUGUAAAGUUUUAAUUUUAUUAUAUUUGUGCUAGGAUAAUGCUCGUUCCAUCGGGUGUCUCAUCACCGAGUAUGUGAUGUUCGUAACCUUUGGGAAUGAAUUGGUAUGUAGCCUUACCAUCGUUUAUUCCGGGUAUUUGAGUAUGUUAUGUAAUUAAGUGUUCUGCCUGGCAGGUGACAUGUAGCCUACGCCUUCACGGUGUCCGUAACCACCUUAAAUGGGACGAGUGUUAAUCUGAGAUGACUGCACUGCUGCCUUGCCUGGGUCUCAUUUGCUCAAUUUCAAUUCAAUUCAAUUCAAUUCAAUUUUCAAUUCAAUUCAAUUCAAUUUUAUUUAUAUAGCGCUUUUCACAAAAGUCAAUUGUUUCAAAGCAGCUUUACAUAAAUAGAAGCAGUGAAAAGCACAGAAAAACGACAGAUAGCACAACAAAAUACAUGUUAGCAUGAGCAGUUAAAUUUGCUGCGGCUAUGACUCAAUAUUAUAAGUGCACGUAUUACUAAAGCUACGUAUAGAAGAGGAAGCUAGGUAAAGCCCAAAAUUUGGUAGUUGGACGCUCACAAAUCCGCGACAAUGAUAUUGCCCUCCUUUAGGCUGCUAUAGGACUGAGGUGGGGUGCUUACGGCAUUGACCGGGUGCUGACGGCCUUGACCACGUCAUUUGACUACGGGACUGUGAUCAUGAAGGUCUGAAUUGACUGUUUUAUCCACUGCUUUUAAAGUGCAGCCUUUCUCUCUGGUCGCUGGAAGUACACGUGACCCAACUACCUUCAGCUGCCGCUUAUGGUUGUUUGUCGGUUUAUUAAAUUGCCUUGAUUAUGCUUUUUGUUUUGUUUUAUGUUUUAGUUAUUAAUGUCUGUCUUUUUGUAUAAGUUUAAUUGUUUUGAUUGUAUUUUGUUUGAAGUGAGAUGCGUUGGCUGGGGAUUGAAAUUCACAAAUUGCGGUUUGCUGUUUUGCAGUGAUUCACUAACUUUGCGGUAUUGAGUGUGGGGUGUAAACUACACAAUCCCUGCCAGCAACUCUCACUUUAAUUUUAUUGUCUUUUUUUGUAUGUGUUGUGAAGCUUAAUUUGUGACUCUUGAGGGACGAUUAUUUUUUUUACUCUAUAAAAUAAAGAAUUUAUAUAUUUUUCUAUAUUUGUGUUGUCCUUCUCGCCCCAUCUUUGACAACGAACCUUCGUGCCUUAUGGUUUAAUUUCCCGGUGUAUUCCGGGUGGCGUAGUCGGAAAUUAGUUUCAUUUGCAAUUCCCUUUUUGUAUAUCACCACGCCACAUUUGGCGUAGUCGGCAGGGCUGUCAUAGUCUUGGGGUGAGUUGGAAUUAUUCUUUUAUUUUUGUUUAUUUUGGUUAAGUGUAUCAUAUGUUUUGAAUGCGUUAGUGUAUGUGUAUUUUUUUCUUAAGGCAAGGCAGCAGUGUGUGUCCAGUUGGAAAAGUUCCAGUGAUUGGUGCUUACUACUUCAGGUGGCAAGUCGUUGCGGAAAUGGGGAGGGAAUUAACCUUAGUUUUUAAUUAUACAGUGGUCAUGUUCUAAGCUGGGGUCCCUCAAUAUCUGGGGUGGAACCAGCGGAGAAAUUUUAAAGUCCAGGAGAAGCUCCUGUGGCAGAGGUAAUUAUGACCGUUGUUAAUGCGUUUUAGUGACGGAGUGGCAAGUUGAAGCUAAAUAGGGUAUUGCUGAAGCAGCGGUUGCCUUUGGCUUCAACUGAACGGUAAGGAUGUAAUAAUCCCCCCCAGUGUUAUUGUUUUGUCAGGUGGGGUCUCGCAGAGGGUGCGGUGGAACCACCGGGCGGAUUUUAGAGCGCAGGACUAGUUCUUGCGUUUUGGGGUUGCUUGUCAGGAGUGGACCGUUAAUGUCACUUGCGUUAGGGUAGAGGGAGGGUUUUAGCGUGUGUUUAGCUCUUUCCAGACGUCAUGUGUAAUUCGGGGUAGCUUGGUUUCCAGCCUGGCGAUUGAGACCCGUAGUUAAGUAAUCGUCGGGGCGACGAUUCAUAUUGUGGGGGUGGAAUGUAGCAGGAUGACGUCUAGUCAUUGGUUAACGUGUGGUAAAACCAGACCAAUUGGAUGUUGAUUCAGAGGGUAUAAAAGCCCUGAGAGGUUGGGGAGCGAGAUGCGUCAUCCAGUGGUACCGCCCUCUUGGCGGACGCGGGUUUUAUGAAUGAAUGAAUGGUAAGUGUUGGCUGCACGCGUAAAUUCGUGUUUGUGUAAAGUUUUAAUUUUAAUAUAUUUGUGCUAGGAUAAUGCUCGUUCCAUCGGGUGUCUCAUCACCGAGUAUGUGAUGUUCGUAACCUUUGGGAAUGAAUUGGUAUGUAGCCUUACCAUCGUUUAUUCCGGGUAUUUGAGUAUGUUAUGUAAUUAAGUGUUCUGCCUGGCAGGUGACAUGUAGCCUACGCCUUCACGGUGUCCGUAACCACCUUAAAUGGGACGAGUGUUAAUCUGAGAUGACUGCACUGCUGCCUUGCCUGGGUCUCAUUUGCUCAAUUUGGUAGUUGGACGCUCACGAAUCCGCGACAAUGAUAUUGCCCUCCUUUAGGCUGCUAUAGGACUGAGGUGGGGUGCUUACGGCAUUGACCGGGUGCUGGCGGCCUUGACCACGUCAUUUGACUACGGGACUGUGAUCAUGAAGGUCUGAAUUGACUGUUUUAUCCACUGCUUUUAAAGUGCAGCCUUUCUCUCUGGUCGCUGGAAGUACACGUGACCCAACUACCUUCAGCUGCCGCUUAUGGUUGUUUGUCGGUUUAUUAAAUUGCCUUGAUUAUGCUUUUUGUUUUGUUUUAUGUUUUAGUUAUUAAUGUCUGUCUUUUUGUAUAAGUUUAAUUGUUUUGAUUGUAUUUUGUUUGAAGUGAGAUGCGUUGGCUGGGGAUUGAAAUUCACAAAUUGCGGUUUGCUGUUUUGCAGUGAUUCACUAACUUUGCGGUAUUGAGUGUGGGGUGUAAACUACACAAUCCCUGCCAGCAACUCUCACUUUAAUUUUAUUGUCUUUUUUUGUAUGUGUUGUGAAGCUUAAUUUGUGACUCUUGAGGGACGAUUAUUUUUUUUACUCUAUAAAAUAAAGAAUUUAUAUAUUUUUCUAUAUUUGUGUUGUCCUUCUCGCCCCAUCUUUGACAACGAACCUUCGUGCCUUAUGGUUUAAUUUCCCGGUGUAUUCCGGGUGGCGUAGUCGGAAAUUAGUUUCAUUUGCAAUUCCCUUUUUGUAUAUCACCUUGCCACAAUAGCUUGUAUAAAUAAUCAUAGAUUUUAUGAAAUAUUUUAAAUAUGUACUCAUUAUGGAUAUGUUUUGUGUUACAUAAAGUGUAAAUUUGUCAUAAAGUUCAUUUACUGUUUGCAAGUGUGAUUUGUAUUGUGUAAGCAUAAUGUACAUUAUGAUAAUAUUUGUUAUAUUGUACUAAUUUUCUGUAUGUUCCUAAAAAUGUUAACACCCUUUGGAUGAUCCAGUUUAAUUUGUUGACUUUGCAUUGUACAACAGUGUAUCACCUUUAUGUUCAACAUUUGCUGAUAGAGUCAUAUUAAUGCAUCCUCUUUUAAUUGUAAAGCCUCCUUACAGUUGUCAUGAUUUUCAAUAAUUUUGUGCAAUGCUUUUCCGUAUGCUACAAUAAGAAUGAUUAUUCGUUUGCAUUACUCGAUUAGGAUCUGGGGACUCAUGUAUAAAAUGUUUUGUAGAAACCAUCCUACCUUUGAUCUUACGAUCAUUUAUCAAAAAUGUGCACGCAUGAUUCAUAAACCGCACUUAGGCACAGAAAAUGCAUGUACCUCUUUCUUUCAGAUGUGAAAUUUAAAUUUAUUCUCAAAUGAUCUUGAACUUGUGCGCAGCUGAGCAGUUUCAGACCUCCCCCUUUGUUAUGUCACAGACAUAUAAAAGAGUGCUUGUCUAUCUGUUAUACCCAUUGUCACAUGUAACAUAUGUAAAGAUUUGUUGCUCAAUAAUGACAAUAUAUUUGCACACACAUUUGUUAUAAAUUGAGAUUCAUCUCA